AUUCAGCAGAUUUUUAAAUAAAUAACAAGAAAGGCCUUUUAUGUUAGAAUCAAGAAAUCUGAACUGCAUUUCUCAAGCUCCAAACAAGAAAAUGGAGCUGUUUCAGGCAGUUUUAUUGAUUCUGGUAUGUUGGUCUUUGCUUGUUUCAGCAGAGAGAUCAACAUACAUUGUACACAUGGAUAAAUCUUUCAUGCCUAAGGCAUUCUCCACUCACCAUUACUGGUAUUCUUACCUUCUUAAAUCCGCAGCUCGGCUCCACGGCGAUGGAUCCGAGCCAAGGCUCGUCCACACUUACGACAAUGCCUUCCACGGUUUCUCGGCAGUAAUGUCGGAAUCUGAAGUUUCAGCUCUGAAGAAGUCGCCGGGCUUCCUCUCAGCUUAUCCCGAUGAUGUUGUGACGCUUGACACUACUCAUACGUACAAGUUCUUGUCUCUGAACACUGCAACGGGGCUGUGGCCAGGGUCCCAGUAUGGAAAGGACGUGAUCAUUGGGGUCGUGGACACGGGGAUUUGGCCGGAGAGCCCGAGUUUCAACGAUGACGGGAUGACUGAGAUCCCGGCGAGGUGGAAGGGGAUAUGCCAGGCAGGCGACCAAUUCAAUUCGUCGCACUGCAACAAGAAACUCAUUGGAGCAAGAUACUUCAACGAAGGAUCUCGAGCUAGCAAUCCUGAUGUCAACAUCACUAUGAACUCGGCGAGGGAUGAGUCUGGUCAUGGCACUCAUGUGGCAUCCACGGCAGCAGGUAACUACGUCGAUAACGUUUCCUUUUUCGGUUAUGCAGGUGGAAGAGCGCGAGGAGUAGCUCCCCGCGCUCGUCUGGCUGCAUAUAAGGUAACUGGUUGGGAGACGGGGAGUGUCGAAUCUGACGUGCUUGCCGGCAUUGAUCAAGCAGUGGCUGAUGGAGUUGACAUACUGUCGAUUUCUCUGAGCUAUCGCCGUACGAAUCUGUAUGAGAAUCCGAUUGCAAUAGCAGGAUUUGGUGCAAGGGAGAAGGGCAUCCUUGUCUCUGUCUCAGCAGGAAACCGAGGACCGAAUGCUGCAACGCUUCUCGAAGGUAUCCCAUGGGCAGUGAUAGUUGCGUCAGGGACAGUUGACCGAUGGUUCGCCGGAACACUGACUCUCGGAAAUGGCAUAACCAUCACCGGGUGGACUAUGUUUCCGGCGAGAGCCGUGGUCAGAAACUUGCCUGUGGUAUAUAACGAGACUCUGUCUGCCUGCAGCUCGAGUGAGUUACUAGCGGAGGCUCCUGAGCAGAGCAUCAUCAUAUGCAAUAUCACUUUCGAAAGCAUUGAUUUUUCUUCUGUGAUGAGUUAUCUGUCCCAGUCGAAUGUUCGAGCAGCAAUCAUCAUUUCAGAAGAUACAAGCAUACUAAGAUCCACAGAUUUUCCUUUUCUUGGAGUUGUGAUCACGCCCUCGGAAGCAGAGGCUGUGGUCAGUUAUGCAUCAUCAGAUAAUACGCCCACUGCGAGUAUUGAUUUCCAACAGACCAUUCUUGGAACCGAGCCGAGAGCUGCUCCGGCCCUUUCAGCUUCCUCGUCGAGAGGCCCUGGCCGAAACUAUCGACCAAUCUUGAAGCCCGAUAUAAUGGCUCCGGGAGUCCUCAUCUUAGCAGCAUAUAAUCCUUAUUCGUCUGAAGCUAGUAUUGGAAGAAACAUAUUUCUUGCAAGCGACUACACCCUUCUGUCUGGAACUUCAAUGGCUUGCCCUCAUAUAUCUGGCAUUGCUGCACUCCUCAAAGCAGCACAUCCCGAGUGGAGCCCUGCAGCUAUCCAGUCUGCAAUGAUGACCACGGCAAAUCCACGGGAUAACACCAACCAACCGAUCAAGGACAUGGCAUUCAACUAUCGUCUUGCUACCCCUUUAGGCAUGGGAGCAGGGCAAGUUGAUCCAAACCGUGCACUUGACCCAGGUCUCGUUUAUGAUGCAACAGUGCAAGAUCACGUCAAUCUUGUCUGUUCCAUGAAUUUCACCUCCGAACAAACACGCACCAUCAUCAGAUCAAGUUACAACUGCUCAAACCCAUCCUCGGACUUGAACUACCCGUCUUUUAUGUUUCAGUACGAAACUGAAGAAAACAGAACAACCACAGCUCAGUUCAAGAGAACGCUCACAAACGUAGGGAACAGAGCAGCUACAUACAAAGUCAAGGUAGAAGAACCAAAGAAUGCCACAGUCAUAAUAUCACCAGAGACAUUAGUUUUCAGGAAGAAAUAUGACAAGCGAAGCUAUUCCAUGACUAUUCGUUACACGAGUAUCAGCGAGAUCGAGCUCGAGACAGCAGAUGGCUCACUCACUUGGAUUGAAGUGAAUGGCAAGCACACAGUCAGAAGCCCCAUUGUGGUCUAUCCUAGGCUCGACAAUGAUGAUUAGUUUCUGCAAUCAUGUUUUAAUUGAAAAAUGCAUUCCAUGCUUUUGUUCA